CAUAAGUUUGCGUCUUCAUACCGUUUUUGCCUACUCGGAGCCAGGAAUUGGACCCGACAAUAUGACAGUUCCACAGCUAUUCAAAUGGUCUCCCCGGCCAGACCAGAGCCCGGAUGCGUCGCCCGCCUCGCAAUCAUCGUCACGAUUUGGUCCCUUCAGUACUCUACAUAAUAAUGUGCGCUCCAUGGUCAAUGGGUCUUCCAUAUACUCACAGUCACCAAAUCCCAACCACUCCAACGAGAACACACCCAAAAUCCCCUUCCUAGGCCGCUUCCGUCGUGAGCAAGCACCAGCUCCAUUGGCGAUAUCAGGCUCCAACGAUGCACCACGAGAGUCGACCGAUUCACGCUCACCUUUACAACCCCAACACACAGCAGGGUCAUACAUGCGUUCAAUUGCUCCUUUAGGCGAUCCACGCGCGCCAGAGAUGGCAUACCGUAGCCACAGCACUGACCGACACCCGGCUGAUGUCCAAUUAGAUUAUCAUGGCAGUGGCGGUGUCGAUCCAGAGAUUGAGCAGCUUCAACAUGAGAUCAAUGGUCGAAGGAGGAGGAGACGGAGACACAGGCGAAGACGUCAUCCUCGCUCUGAAGGACAAUGGGUUCGAAGACGCAACAGUAACAGCCGUCGCGCACGUUUGACACGGGGCUCUGCUGCCAGAGGAAAAUUGAUGGCUAGUAUCAUAUCUGGAUCGUUCCUCAUUGGUGUUCUCGCAGUUUACCUCGCACUCGCGUUAUCCCGCAGCGACAUCGGCCAAGAAUUCCAUGUCCUCUUCAUCAUGAUCGUUCUCGCUACAACCAUCUUCUUCUGCCACUCCCUGAUUCGCCUUUGCAUGCUACUCAUGCACCCACCUUCCGACGAGCUACCCUACAUACCCUCCAUGACCGGACCCGAAGGUUUCCACCCCACACAGCCCAUUCGCGUCCACCUCGCAAGGGACGAAGAUAUUUCUUCUUUUGACGAAGAGCGCGAGCUUUCCUCUCCCACACACUCCCCUACCACCAGCAGCCCUUCGAGAGGCGAGAUCAAAGAGAAGCCCGUCGCCCUUCCACCACCCGCCUACGGUCUAUGGCGAAGCAGUGUUCGCGUCGACCCCAACCUUCUCCACUGGCAACGCGUUGAGUCGGCUCAGUCUAUCCCACCUCCUCCCACCAACCGCUCUACCUCUGCACUCUCGAGUUCCUCGCGUCUCCGUGAGGUUACCACGGAAGCAGAUCUCGUGGUGGAAGAAGAUCAAGGCCCUCGUCCGCCGUCAUACGUGUCUGAUGAUGGCGUGAGCUACAUCGUUGAAGCUGCGCCAAGGUCCAUUGCCCCGAGCCAUUCAGGCGUGAGCGAUAUCCAUCCUGCGUGGCGACCCGGAUACGCAGUAAGCGAAGUGCCAAUGGAGGAGUGGCCACGCGGUGUGCCUCGGCGCAUCUAAAACCGUAGUCGGUGCGGAAGAGAGGACAUUAUUUACUGGGACAAUCUUCCAUGUACAUGGAUUGCAGGACCAGGAACUGGGGAAGUAAGCAGCUGACUCGAUAGUCUUCUCUAUUCUCGACUCUGUAUUACUCUUCCUCCUUUUCCACGAUCCUAUUCCUUCACCAUCACCACAUGGACAAGUUCGAUCAGACACACAAAACACUGUUGUUCAUGUUAACACGUACUACUCUAUCCUGCCAUGUGCUUCUCCUUUCCUAUUCACUCUCUCUGUAUGUCGUUGUUAUCGCAGCACAGAAGAAAAAAAAGUUCAACUCAGUCUUUGCCUCCUUCAUGGCGUCCCCUCCAAAUACAUGGCUGUCAUCAUAUCCAGCUUUCCUGUAAUACCUCCAAAGCUCAUUGUUUCAUCUGAAUUCCUUAUUGUUGUUUGAUCAUUUUCCUCAUAGUUUACAGCGGAGCGUGUUUGGUUGGUUUUUUCUAUUGUCGUUUUUGCUACUCAGUCAUGUCACUCCUCGCUGGUUAGCGUCUCCCGUUCUUUCAGCGAAAAUUGUCUUUUUUUUAUUCAGUCACCGUGCUCUGUAAUUUACGUCUCCUGUUUGUAUCCUGAGUUCUUGAGCGGAGAGUCAAGUGGGUGUCGUGUAUUUGAACGUACAGGGCGCAAGAGAGAGGGAGAGAGGGUUUACAAGCGUUGGCGCUUGGGUAGAAGGGACGUUGGAGAACAGAUACAUAUGCUGAUCCCAAAAUCGUACAUACACGUAAGACCGUAAGGCGGUGCAGAAUAUAUCAGUUUUGGUGUUUAUUACGUCUCCUGCUUUUGUGAAAUUCACACACUCCCAUCCAUGAGAGGUUUCGUUUUUUGGUGGUUGAUGAUAUUGUUAGUUAGAAUGAUCUGACUUUCACCGGCGCAGUACAGCGUUCAACGGCCGAACGUAGCUCGAGUAGCCACUUUCCUAUAUAGGAAGGUUCGGCUCCUCCACCGAUUCUGUGGUCCAAGCGUUUGUGAUCCGAGCGCUUACAGCAAUCCACACUCGAGAAUACUCCUUAAAGAAGAAGGUUCAGUCUAUCAGGCAGUCGAUUUCUCGUACAGGGAACCAUUCAACGCACACCCUUAUCAAUGUCGCCACAAUCAUGAGCCACAUUCAUGCUUUAGUGCUCCUUGACUUUCCAUGUGUCCUCUUGUGAAUCAGCAACAUACGAUAUACCACGAGGAGCUAUGAAAUUGCCCCAGAGUCAGGCAGUCGAUCACCAUCGACGUUUGCAAGCGAGGCUGGCGGAGGAUGUCAUGAUUGGAUAGAUUGAGAUAUGAUUCUCUUUUUUACCGUUGGCUGGUUGGUUGAGUUUCUUGUCGUUCUGCAUAAAGCCGGUUUUCCUUGCUCUUUAUCGCACUUCUUCAUUUCUUUUUCCCCCUGGAAUUAUGAACUACGCACCGUUCUUUUCUUCUCUUUUCUCUAAUGCAUGUCUGAGUCGAUGUCCAUGUUGUUCUUUUUUGUGUUUGAUGGUCAUUGAC